AUGUCGUGCAGCGCUCCGACCCAGGAGCUGCACUUUGUCAUUGGCGGUGCAGGAUUCCUUGGCUCGCACAUUGUAGAUGCGCUAGUACAACGCGGCGAGAAGACAGUAGCGUCGUUUGACAUUCGCGAGCCUGUUGCGCCCAUCGCUGGCGUGCAGUAUUAUGAGGGUGACUUGACGGACCGCGACGCACUCGCAAAAGCGCUUGCCGAUGCACAAGAAGAUUUGGGCGACUCGCCAAAGAAAGAGCGUGCUGGUGUCGUGUACCACACUGCGAGCCCUGUCGCGGGCCUAGGCCCCGAGCUGAACGAAAAAGUGAAUGUGACCGGGACGAAUGUGGUCAUUAGCGUGUGCCAAGACGAGCGGAAUAGCGUGCGCAAGCUGGUAUUUACAUCCAGUGCUGGCGUAGUGUUCACUGGGCAGGACCUGAUUUACGUCGACGAGCGCAUGCAGCCGCCCGAGCAUCCAAUGGACAGCUACAACGACACCAAGAUGCGCGCCGAGCAGGCCGUCUUGGCGGCGAACGGCAAGCAUCAUCUGCUCACCAUUGCCCUGCGUCCUGCGGGCAUCUUUGGACCGGGCGACAGGCAGGCACUGCCCGGCAUGUUCAACGUACUCGCCACCGGCCGGACCAAGUUCCAGAUUGGGCGCAACCAGAACCUGUUUGACUGGACCUAUGUGGGCAACGUUGCUCACGCACACCUGCUCGCGGCAGACAAGCUCAGCGCGCCGGAACAGUACGCGUCCUCGCGGCUUGUCGAGGAGCAUUUGCCCGUCCGAGCUCUCGGUGUCGCGGAGCGCGAUACGUACCGCAGCGUGCCUCUAUCUGUCCAGCGCCAGGACGUGCCGAAACCAGCGAGAGACUAUGCGAGAAACGUUCAGGCACUCAUCGAGAUUGCGCCGGACCAACUUGAUCAGCACACCGUGUACCGCAACCGCUUUGACCCAUUCUUUAGCGACGCACACCCCACCGCGGCAAGCGCGGGCAACCCCAAUCCAGCGGCACUGAACCUCGCGCGCGACGCUAUCCCUGCCGCGGGCGAGGCUUUCUUCAUCACAAAUGGUCAGCCCAUCUGUUUCUGGGACUUUCCACGUGCCCUGUGGUACCGAUACAAUGGCCACGUCGAUCCGCGGUACAUUGUGCUGCCGCUCUAUGUGGCGCUUGUAAUUGCAUUCCUUGCCGAGUGCUUUUCGAAGCUGACCGGCCGCCCCGUGCAAUUCACGCGGUACCGUGUCACGUAUACGGGGUGCACUCGGUUCUAUAAUAUCGAAAAGGCGCGGCGCAUUCUCAGCUACGAACCUAUUGUCGGCAUGGACGAAGCUAUCGACCGCAGCGUCCAGUGGUGGAAAGCGGCGCAUCCGCCGCACCGCGAGGCGGCCAAGACGAAAUAA